AAUCACUUUACUCUGCAGUGCUGUUUACAAGCGGACACAGGAUUCUGAUUGGUCAUGCUCUUGGUGGGUGGGGCUUCGUUUCAUAGGCUGAACGGUCUGUCACUCAGUUUUCCGCAUCAUCAAACGCGUCUACAGGCCGAAAUCGAAAGCAGAUCGUUGGCUCAGCGAGAACCCCGAACUGAAGAUGACUCAGAUGGACCUCCUGGUCACAAACGUGGCCGAGCUUUUGGCUACAGCCGUGCACGAGGUCCUGCGUCUGAUGGGUCAGGCCGUGGCCGAAUACCGUGAUGAAUCGGCCAGGAUUCGGCAGGAGAACCAGAAGCUGCAGCGCACGCUCGAGGAGCUCCAGAAAAGCCUGCAGAUAUCAGACGCAGUGCAGCAGGUUUCGUCCUCAGAAGAGCCGCUCUACGAGUCUCACCACGUGCACGUGCUGGACCGUCAUUUGGACAGAGAGCCAGAAGAGACCGAAGAUCAAGAAGAAAUGGAUCCGUACAAUCUGUCGUCGGAGGAGGAGGACAAACCGAGCGCUCUACUGCAGAGACCGGAAACACGAGAACCCGACCAUGCCAUUUCUACACCGUGUGACUUUUCACAUAAAAGGAGGAAGAGCCACUCGAGCUUGAGGAGCCUAUCGGUGUCACCGGACGUCACCGGUGCGCCGGGGAUCUUAAAUACAAAUAUCAAAACAGAAGCAGAGUUUCCAGAAUGUUCCGUAUCGGAACAGACUGAAAACACGAUCACGGACGCACACCUCCUUCUGCCCUAUCAUCCGGUCCAAGGUAAUCCCUCCCUCGUGUCCAGGGACUCGUCCACACCACCGCACGCACAUGUCCGAGCAGAACACAUGUUGGACGCCAGUUGCAGUCUGUUCGGCAUCACGGUGCGAAGAGAGAACUCGCACAUCUGUCACGUGUGCGGCAAGUCGUUCGCGACGGCCUCUAGCCUGGGCGCACACUUCGUCUGCCACUCGGGUGAAAGACCGUUCGCCUGCGAGCGCUGCAAGUUCAGGUUCAGUCGUUUAGCCGACCUGAAGAAGCACGAGCGCAUCCACACGGGGGAGAAGCCGUAUAACUGCACGCUCUGCGGGAGGAGGUUUAACCGCACAGAGAAUCUCAGACGCCACCUCAGGAAAGUCCACCACGGAGCUCUGCUUUAGCAUCCUGGACUUAGUGUAAAAAAAGAUUGGAUUUUUAUUUACAAACUGCAGUCUAACGCUUUAAAAAAAAAUAAGUGCUCACACAGCAUGCACACUGUAACCCGGACCAGACCAUCAAUUCCCAACCUUUACUCUACGUGUGUGUGUGUGUGUGUGUGUGUGUGUGUGUGUGUGUGUGUGUGUGUGUGUGUGUGUGUGUGUGUGUGUGUGUGUGUGUGUGUGUGUGUGUGUGUGUGUGUGUCGCAUGUUAUCCCUGUGCUUCAUGGGGUGUCCUCUGGGUUCUCUGGUCGAAAGACCUGAGUUAGCUUGAUUGUGCCCUGCUGUCCAGGGGGUCCCCCACAUUGUUCCCUGUGUCCUUGGAUGGAUGAAAGACUGGAUAGAUAGAUGGAUAGAUGGAUGGAUGGAUGGAUGGAUGGAUAGAUGGAUGGAUGCUAGUUUGUGGCAACAGAUGAAAUUGAACUUUAUUUUUGGUGAAAGAAAGUCGUUUUUGUGCGACUGUUCAGAUUUUGAUGACGUCAGAAACAAUUAAAUGUCACAGAACUAA